CACCACCUGAUAUUAUUGCUGAUGUCCGCAGGAAACCUCCCAUCGGUUGUGAUACGCCGUAUACUUGGGGUAUUUCUGGCGCCCAUUCGCCACCCCUCGUUAACCAACAUAUCAUCGUACAAGUCUGUACUCCCUCUGCUGCGCGUCAAUCGCCUCUGGAGGCGACUUGGAUCAGAGAUGUACUGCCGAUAUGCCAUAUUCGAUGUAUACGAGGACCGCCCAGAUUUGUUUGACCGCAACGAGAAUGACGAUGGGACAGCAGCAGAUAGGUUGAUCGCGUUGGAGACAUGCUCCAACAUCCCAUUUAUUAUCGCCCAUGGCCAAACCAGCUUGACAAAGUCGCUUACUAUAUUCCUCGGCAACCUGGCCGACCCUGACAGCAUUAUAGGCGGACUGGCAAGGUACGGGUUCUUUGAUGCCCACUGGUCUGCAGUCCGUGAUCUGACAGUCAUAUUCGACCACUAUGAUAUGCAACAGACAGGGACAUUUCGAGAUGGCGCAGUUUCCGACCUGAACAGAAAACUGCUCAAUGCGCUGCCCAAUGUCUGUGGUAUACGCUAUGUUGUCUACCUUGACAGCAUUUAUGGUCAACCGCUGAUUGGGGACUUCAUCAAGGAGAGGGCUGGAUCGCUUACAGAGCUAGAUUUUGAAACCGAUGCCCCCCAUGGACUAGGAAUCGACUUGCUGCCUAAAACGCUAACAUCGCUCAGGUACGGUGUGGGGCCGCACAGCACAACCACGGUGUUCCCUAAAUUCUUUGCUCGGUCGCUCAAGUCGCUAACGCUCGAUCGGAUUGGAAAACAGGCACUGCAGGAUCUCUUUUUCGACGACAGCAUCCUCGGCCCAGUCGAAUUUACGGAGCUUGUGGAUUUGAGCAUUCUGUUUAAUUACGAGGGCCAGGAUCCCUUUGAGUCUCUGGAAGCCAGCGCUGUGAACUGGCCAGAGUUCCCAAGGCUCUCUGAUCUCAAGAUCCACAUCCACAGGCUGGAUGCACUCACGGUUUUGUCAAUGUUCCCUGUCCACCAGCUUAAUUCCCUUGCAGUUAAAAGAGGGUUGAACGCUAGCUGUAUCGAUGUCUCAAAGAUGCCCAAGCUGCUGUCGCUGGUGCUGGAUAUGUCGGCAGAAGAUGCAGAACUGCUUGGAAACGCGGACAUGGCGCUUCCGAUAUUCUUAACCCCAUCGCCGCUGAGGACACUGGUGCUUAUCUCUGAAUCCAUCAUCAGACUCCCGCAGGAUACAUACGGAUGCAGCAUGUUGGAAGAGCUUGAUAUUUCCAGAACCUCCUUUAGCGUGUCCAUCAUCGGCAUGCUCUCUGGCCUGCCGAAGCUCAAAAAGCUCGUGGUUUAUAUCGCAAGCAAACGCGAAUUGGGCCCUACUCCAGUGCUAGGCCCAUCGAUAAAGGACAGCCUCGCACCGGUCAGCAAGUCACUCGAGUUUUUAAACUUAGCGCCAACAUGGCUAGAUCUGGAGCCCAUGUAUGUCGAGCGCGUGGCAUGGUUUAUUGCCCGUCUCCCGUCUCUACUUAGGUGGCAACACGAGCGCGUCUUCUCAAGGCAUAUGGACUAUGUUUCCAAGUUAUUCGACCAGAUAUUGUGCAGCGAAGGCGCACAAAAUAACGAUGUGUCGCACCUACGUGAUUUGAGCAUGUGCGAGGACUGUAGAAGGUUUUAGCUUUUUCUGAUUUGCCAUCGGUAUAAGCAUGCCGCUAAUAUUACUUCACCAGCCAUGCUGAGGGCUAUCAUAAUUUCAGUUGGUCAA